AUGGCUCACGCUGACGACGAGUCAUCAAUGCUUCGGUUGCGUCGCCCUUGUAACGGUAUGGACCCGCAAUGGCAGGCUGGCGAGGGCGACGCUGCAGCAGAAAAGAACACCACCACACCAUCAACAAAGGAUAAACUCAGCAAUCCUUAUAGGCAGGUGCCGUCGUCAUGGGUGCCCUACACUCUGAGAAAGCGUUUCCUGGCCGGCUUCAUCGCUUACACGCUCGUCCUCGGUAUCACUACUGCGGUGCUGCAUUUCAUCUCGUCCAAGGACAUGGGGCUCGCAGACGAACAGAACUCAACCGUCGUCUAUGUAGGCUCUAAAUUUGUGCCCACCUUGCUUGCAGUCCUCUACCUCCUCCUUGCGACAAUGUUACUGGAUGAUGUCAAGCGUACCGAGGCCUUUGCCCGACUGUCCAGAAGAGAAGGUGCCCCUGCGGAUGUAUCAGUAUUUCAACACAUCGAUGCCUGGUGGUCUGCCCUGUUCAACAGUUUCCCUAGUCGCCCGAAGCAACGACCUGUCGCCUGGACCAUGCUCUCCGCCACUCUGUUAUUCGUUCUCAGUUUCCUCGUCCUCUCGCCCUUUUCGUCGACUCUGGUUGAGUCACAGGACGUUGUGUAUCGGCGAAAUAUUCAAUUUGCACGACUACCAGUGUCAGCGACAUCCCCCCUUGACGCCGAACCAGACGCAACAACAUAUUUUCGCUCCAUAAGCAACAUACUGCAAAACGUAUCCACGUCGGCCUGGAUCACGAAUGAGUACGCCAUCGUUCCGUUCUGGCCACAUGAUAGGGCGCCGCCUCUGGGACUGUCCCUCGGCGAUGAGUCUGAGUACUGGACCUCCGAGACAGCGGUCAUUGCCAGCGAGUUGAGCUGUGAGCGUCUGGAGCUGACCGAGAAAGCUAUUGUCACCGGUCCAGAUGGUUACAUCCAAUAUCCAACUAUAACCCUAUCAAACCCCACCUGCUCAUAUACCUUGCUAAGUAGGACGAGCUCUCAAACAGGGACCUUCUGGUCGAACCGUCAGAAUUUGGCUGCCGUUGCGGAGAGGAUGAGGCUUAACCUGACAGCUGUCCAAUGCAGCGAAGAUAGCGUCCUCGUAUCAUCAAGUCCGUGGCAAGACUCUGAUUUCGAAUGGGUUCCCGAACUUCGCGCCAGCGGUUAUGCAUGCAAUAACUCGUACUCCACGGCAACGCUGGCCGUCACUGCAGCGCUCGAAAAGGGCGCAGUGAGCUUCAGUUUCGACAAGGAACAGUAUCAGACCAGAAAAAUGCCUCUGGAUGAUGCUACAUUCAACGUUUCUGCUUUUACGAAUGUCUUCUACGGUGCUUCCUGGGGCGACUAUCUUGUUGCUGCAAGUAAGAGCAUUGGGGAGCGCGCCCCUGCUGAAGGUCCUGCAGCUCUCGCCACAGCAAUUUACGAGUUCAAUCCGUUGAGUGUCAUGGAUGAUACUGCGCUCAUGUCCAAGGCAAACAAGGUCCAGCAACGGUUCAUGGGGGAAUUGUUGCAUCAGGCCUAUACCGCCAAAAUCUCGCAGCAGGCGGAUGAAGUAGAUGGUGAAAUCACAAGCCAACGCAGAAGACUGGUUGUGGUGCCAGCUGUGGCUAUACUACUUGAAGCAACACUGACGCUACAACUUUGCCUCCUUGUUGCUGUUGUAUGGUGUUCGGUAAACCGCCAUAGACCACUGGGUCUCGAAGCCGACCCGGCGUCUGUGCACCCACUGGCCGCUUUAAUUACCAAAGACUCAGAUGUGGCACGCCUGUUCAGAGACCUUCAAGGCCAGUCUCCACGAGAAGCGGCAAUAGUCCUACGGAAGAAGAUCCUUCGACUUUGGAAUAACGAACUCGAACUGGCUGGUUCUGCUAUGACUUUGCCUGAGGGACACUCCGGGGCCAAAGAGAGUCGAAAAUUGCCAAAACUCAAGAGCCCUAUACCGUGGGUAUUCCGCCUUGCUGCUACAGUCAGCCUGUGUACUCUUUUACUGGCCAUUAUGGUCGUUAUCGUGACGCUCUUCGGGCUCUCGGAGUCGCACGGUCUGUUCCAGGAAGCCUUUGUGUAUGAGACGCAUUUGAAGCUUGGAAGUACGGAUCUAGGCGCAAUCAAUCCUGCAUCUGUGUUGAGUACUUUCCUUGCUGUAUGCGUUGGGCUUUGGUGGGGUGCGCUGGAUGGCGCACUCCGUCAGCUGCAGCCAUUCCUUUCUCUGGCUGAAGGUCCGACUUCCCCUCGAAAUGGAGGCUCUCUAUCUUAUCGGUCUUCGUACCUCGUGUGGGCUGCGGUGAAAGCCUUCCGCCGAAAACACUGGGUUCUCGCCUGCGUUUGUAUGGGAGCACUUCAAGCGGAGAUAUUUACUGUUGCCAUGUCAGCACUGUGGGAUAGAAGUCCAGGCGCGCUGUCAUCCGUCAUGGAGACGGCACGGCCACUGGAGAUUCGCCAGAUCCCUUAUCUCACCACAGGGGACUCUCCCUUGUUUCUUCAUUCUGGGCCGAUCACGAGCUACCAGAGUGAUGUGCUUGCACAGCUGUACGAUAACCUGACUACCUCAUGGAUGUACGGUGCGGCGGUUCAGCUAGUACUGAACGGAUCACAGCCUGCCUGGAGUUCUGAGGGCUGGAGUUUCGCCCCAGUCGACUUCCCUCAUAUUGUUGAGCGCAAUGGAACAACGCCUAUCAAACAAGGGAAUGCUUCGACGUCAGACGAUGCCAGCACUGGGCUGGAGUCGACGCUGAUCAGCCUGGAUACUUCUGCUAUCCGGGGCCGAAUUGAAUGUUCUCCCUAUGCAGCUCUCGACGAUGAGAGCAAUUGGAUCACAGAGCAAGACCUAAGCAAUACAUCAACAUGGACGGUGCCGGAUGAGCCAAAGAUCGGUACAACGAUGUACCAGCUUGGUUGCAAGGUUGGUGAGGAUGGAAGCGCACUUGAAGAGACGUACCUCUUCAACCUCUUUCCGAAUACGUCUAGCAGCGAACCAUGCUCUGGUGAGUACUAUACUGGAUUCUUCGCCAACCAAGCCCAACUCAGUUGUUGCCAGAACGUAUCUGGCGAUACUAUUGGCGACGCCUAUGUGGGCUACUGGUCGCCCAACUACGUACGCGACGGCUAUCGAGACUUUCCGGUGCUUGCGGACACAUGGCCGGUCAAUUUCACCAUCAAAUGGAUCUAUGGCCAACCUGUCGAGGAGAUCGUGGAACACGAAGAGAUCUUGGAUUUGGGAGGGCGGCUGAUGUGGGUGAAGCCACCACGAAUGCAGGCGCUCAAUUGCAGACCUAUAGUUGAAACAGCCAACGCCCGAGUCAAGGUAGAUCCAGCCAGCGGAGCCGUGGACUCAUAUACGAUCACCGACACUCCUGUUGCGGACGACAAUGCAUGGCGCGAGAUCUUCGCUAGGCAUGCACCUCCAGGCUAUGGCGCUACCCCGUCGGACACAGACACCACCAUCAACGUUACUGUGAGCCAUGGAGUGCUAUUCAUCGGCGCCCUCCUCGGCGCGGCUGACCUCAAUCACCUCUCACGCGGCGGUGGAGGUUAUUGGAACACUCGAGUAGAGUCUCUCGACGACCGUACGUACAACAUUCGCCUGCCAGGCUUGAAUGUCGAUUAUAUGUCUUACUCGAUGUUGUCACUGGCGAACAACGAUCACCAAGCACUGCUCAGCCGCCAAACCCUAGGUGAAACAGCGCAGACCGUCUUCUCGACGUUCUUUCAACAUUACGCCAGCAAUAGGGUCUCGUCCAGUACUGGAGGCUGGGUGUAUCAACCGCGUGGCGCCGAGCUCCCUGCUGGCAUUGAUCAAAAUGGCAACGAAAACAAGAUGAAGCGUCAGACAGCAGAUGGUGCCACUGACGACGCGACGGCUACUUUGCACGUGUCACAGCCUGUCGAAAUGCUGCGAAUGUCACCCAUCGCUGCCGGCAUCUGCAUCGCUAUUCUUACGUACCUUAUCGGCGUCACCAUUGCGGUCAUGCUGGCGUCGAGGAAAUAUGCAAGAGUACUUCACUCGCGCAUCCAAAGCGUCGCCGAUAUUGCGGCGCUGGUGGCUGGUAGCGAUAAGCUGCUGCAGCUUCUGCGAGAACGGCCGCUAUUGGAGAUCGAACACGAUGAUAAUAUUGCGACUACACUUGGAUGGUUCGUCGGCGGGGACGGAAAGGUGCGUUGGGGAGUUGAGCUUGCUGGACCGGGCUCCGGUACGAAGUUUCUGACACAGGACGAAGCGCAUGCUCUCAUGGCGCUGGAGCCGGACAACACAAGAGUGGCCAGCGCGGCCAAUCCUGGGCAUUCGCACCCAGUUGCACUGGUGUCGUCGCCAUCGGUCUCGUCGUCCUCCUCACGUCCGCUUUCGAAUACUCAUGCAGCAGCAUCCGCGAGCCUUUUGUCCGCCUCCGAGUCCCCCGAGGCCGGAGCGGAGCAGAAACUCGACACGCCGCAGUAUCCGCUUUUAAGCACGACCAGCCAAUUGGUACACUCUCCAGCGCAUCGUGACACCAGCGCUGCAGCAGCGCAUUCGUCUCCGGUGUCUCCUAUAUCUCAUGUGAGUCGCGCAUCGCGCAGCAUCGACCUCAGCGAUGUGGAAACCGAGUGGUUGCCGAUGCUGGCGCUUGUAGAGGGGCAGGAUGAUAUUAAUGGGGAUUUGAGCACGCCAGUGGAGAGCUCGUCAAUGAUGCGACCUACGCCGGCUAAUGUGAAAGACGGUCUGCCAGCGACAAGAGGCUCUCAGGACAGAGUCCCUGGAUGGGCUGGUGAGCAGGUCGAAGCCUCGUAG